CGCACUAAUCUCUUGGUCCUCUGCCGUCCUCAACGUCCAGAGGCCUCAGUUUGUUGGGUGGCUGCUUGAAGGCCUCGACCUUCAUCUUGCCAGCAUGGACUCCAAUUUCCGUCGCCAGGCGUAUCAGUUUCUUCUCACCUGUGAGCUGGAGGGCUGGCUGGACCCCAGUCGAGGUCUGCUGAAGGCGAAGCCGUGCCAACCUCCCCCACGAGGAGGAAGAGAGAAGAAGGCGCGGGCUAGCGUGACGCUGGAACGAGGAAGCGUGACUCUAGAGCUCGAGAUGGAGCAGCACAAGCCGUCCCGCCUGCAGAAGGACGUGGCGGCGAUCUUGUCGGAGAUGCAGAUUGAGUUUGUGGAGGAGUUCAUCGACGAGAGGAGCGGUUACUCGCUCGACCUCCUCCUGCGCGACAAGCGCACGGCGAUCGAGGUCGACGGGCCCUCGCACUUCAUCGUGGGGACGCACAUCCCCCUCGGCAAGACGGUGAUGAAGCACCGGCACAUGCAGCAGCUCGGGUUCGACCUCCGCAUUCUCCCCUACUGGGAGUGGGAUCAGCUAAAGGGGAAGGAGCAGAAGAAGGAGUACAUCCGUCGCCUGCUGACCUCCACCCCCUCUGUCAUCCUCCUGUAGAUUAUGUAGAUAGGUUCUCAUGAUCUUGUAUCCUAAUGUACAAUAGAUGACCUGCGUAUACCGCC